UCUCUGCCUACAAGGCAAAUUCCAUUACAAGAGAUUCAUUUUGCUCGCAGAAACCGUUCGAAUUUCUUUUUGCUUAAAUUGGAAUCUCCUGCGCUGUGUCUUUUUCUCUGUUCUGUCUUUUCCGACGAUGUCCUUUAAAGCUCUACGAAUAUCCAGCUCCAAAAUGUCGUAAUCAUUAAAUUAUUGAGAGAGAGAGAGAGGGGAGGAAAAUAGUGAAAUGAAGAGCUCCAUGUCCGAUCGAAAUCUCUUCAGCGACAGCGACGACGAUGUCGUCGACGAGGAAGCGAGCUCUGAUCAGGCGGCGGAGGACGACGAACAGGAGGAUUCCGGCGGAUCCGAUGCAUCGUCCACCGGUAGUCCGCGGCGAAGCAGACCGAGCUCCUAUAACACCAAUUGGCCCCAGAGUUACAGGCAAUCAAUAGACAUCUACAGCGGCGUUGCAUCGCCAUCCAUUGCAUUCCUGGGAACUCCCUCGCUGACCAGACUUGGAAGCUCCUUCAUCAGUUCUUCCUUCAGAGGGCGCCACGCCUCAGAUGUAUUCGGCUCUCUCUUCAAGCCUUUGCUCCCAACCCGACCAGAAGAUGAACAGCAGCUAUGGCCGGAGAUUCCGAAUCAGGAGAGGAAGAGCUCGCACUCGUUGCUGCCGCCGACGAUCCCGAUCCGUCGAUCCUCAUUGAAGGAGAAGGAGCACGAGGACGAUCAAGAAAAGGCUUCCGUUUCUCCACGUCAAUGCACCUAUGGUCAGGCCGUCAUCAACGGUGUAAACGUACUCUGUGGAGUUGGAAUCCUCUCUGCGCCAUAUGCAGUUAAGGAAGGUGGAUGGAUGGGGAUGUCCAUACUGUUCAUAUAUGCUGCGCUUGCCUUUUACACUGGGACUCUCUUGCGUCACUGUCUGGAUAGUAGGCCAGGCCUUGAGACAUACCCUGACAUUGGUCAGGCUGCAUUUGGAACUCCUGGUCGCAUUAUUUUGUCGAUUAUCUUGUACCUGGAAUUGUAUGCUUGCUGUGUUGAGCACAUUAUUCUGGAGAGUGAUAACAUGUCAUCGUUGUUUCCAAAUGCACAUUUGGACAUAGGUGGAAUGCAUCUCAAUUCUCAUCUGGUCUUUGCAUUCUUAACGACUCUGAUUGUUCUCCCAACAACAUGGCUCAGAGAUCUAAGUGUUCUAAGUUAUAUUUCAGCUGGAGGAGUCAUUGCAACUAUAUUGGUGGCUGUUUGCUUGUUUUGGGUGGGAUUAGUGGAUCAGGUUGGCUUCAAAAAUGAGGGUUCCUCCCUUAAUCUUUCUGGCAUUCCAAUAGCUAUUGGCCUCUAUGGCUAUGCAUAUUCAGGCCAUGCGGUUUUUCCUAACAUAUACUCCUCUCUGAAGAAGCCCAAUGACUUUCCAGCAGUUCUUUUGACAAGCUUUGUCAUUUGCACACUGUUGUUCACUGGGGUUGCAGUGAUCGGAUUUUUCUUGUUUGGAGAAUCAACACAAUCUCAGUUUACUCUUAAUAUGCCACAAGGGUUGGUGGCUUCUAAGGUUGCUGUUUGGACGACGGUUGUAAACCCCCUAACAAAAUAUGCAUUGUGUUUGACUCCAAUGGCACUGAGUUUGGAGGAGCUGAUACCGCGAGAUAAUCUGAAAUCUCAUUUCUAUUCCAUCAUUAUCAGAACAGCUUUGACACUAUCAACCUUAUUUGUGGCUCUUGCCAUUCCUUUCUUUGGUUUGGUAAUGGCACUGAUUGGAUCUUUACUCACUAUGCUAGUCUCAUUUGUUUUUCCAUGCAUCUGCUUUUUAAGCAUCAUCAGAGGUAAAGCAACACCAACUCAGGUAGUGAUGUGCAUCCUCAUUGUAUUGGUUGGAGUCACUUCGUCAGCAUUGGGCACUUUCUCCGCAGUCUCCAAAAUUAUAAAUAAUCUGCUUUGAUCUCCUCCCUUUUGCUACAUUGUUCUACACGGAUUUAAUAAUCACUUCUUGUAUUUUCUUCCUUUCUUACUCGACUUAACUUGUUUCAUUUUCCUUGUUUGAGUAUAAUUUUUCCUAACUGCAGCAUUGAAAUAGUUAGCACUUUUGGCAAGAGCAUAAAAUUGUAUGCAUGUUUAUUGUUGUUUUUUAAGAUCUAUCUGAAUAUCUGAUCUGAGAUUUUUGGGAUCCUUACUUUCA